GCUCAUUUCAUGACAUCACUAAGACAGAGAAUCGUGUUCUCAUCUUAACAAACUCUGAGUGAGAGCUGACACAUUUCGACGGAAAUACUGAAAGAUAAUUAACCUCUCAUCGCUAAAAGCAGCGACAAAAGCUGCUCAAUCUGAUUUUCAAAGUGAAGGAAACAUGUUCCCGCGAGACUUUGUUUGGGGAGCGGCAACCUCUGCUUACCAAAUAGAAGGUGGAUGGCAGGCUGAUGGAAAGGGGGCGAGUAUUUGGGACACAUUUUGUCAUGAAAAGAGUGGAGUUUUUGAAAAUCAAAAUGGGGACGUAGCCUGUAACAGCUACGAGCUCUGGAAUAAGGAUCUGGAGUGUAUCCAGCAGCUUGGCUUAACACACUACCGCCUGUCUUUUUCUUGGUCCCGCCUCCUGCCUGAUGGGACGCCCAAGAAUGUUAACCAGAGAGGUGUACAGUACUAUAACAGAGUGAUUAAUGACUUACUGGCAUGCAAAGUGUCCGUGAUGGUCACUCUGUACCACUUUGACCUGCCCCAAGCAAUCCAAAACCUUGGGGGCUGGAAGUCACCUGGUGUAGCAGCCCUGUUUAACGACUAUGCCAAGUUUUGCUUCGAAACAUUUGGGGAUCGUGUCAAACUCUGGAUUACUAUCAAUGAGCCACACACGUGUGCCAAACUAGGUCAUGAAGUAGGCCUCCACGCUCCAGGGUUAAAAGAAAAAGGCACUGCGGCCUACAUGGUGGGGCAUAACAUGCUCCGAGCUCAUGCCAUGGCUUGGCACAGCUACAACUCUGUGUACAGAGCAACACAGAAGGGGGAAGUAUCUCUGGCGCUCAACAGCGACUGGUUUGAGCCAUUAGAUCCAAGCUGCCACGAGGACGUCACCUCUGCCGAACGUGACCUCGCCUUCACCUUGGGGUGGUUUGCCUGGCCUAUUUUUGUGACCGGAGACUAUCCGGAUAUAAUGAGAUCUGCCAUAGAAACUCAGUCCAAGAUGAUGGGAUACAGCGGCGACAUGAGACUCCCCAGGUUCUCAAAGGAUGACCCUCCAGUGCUUGGAACAGCUGACUUUUUUGCCCUAAACUACUAUACAUCUCGUAAGGUCACAUCAGGAGGUUGCGGUGACCAGAUGUUAAGUAUGAAGAGGGACUUGAAUGUAGAGGAGGUCUUAGAUCCAUCCUGGCCCGUCUGUGGGGUGUCCUGGCUGGCUGUUGUCCCAUGUGGCUUAAGAAAACUUCUUAAAUAUAUUAAGGAUGUCUUCAACAACCCCAAAGUCUACAUCACAGAGAAUGGCUUCGCUCAGGUUGGCCCAGCGCAAAUCGAGGAUGUAGACCGAUGCGAGUUUUACAAAAGUACCAUCUCGGAAGUGGCUAAAGCUAUGGAAGAGGAUGGGGUGAAUGUCUGUGGCUAUUUUGCAUGGUCACUGAUGGACAACUUUGAAUGGGCUGAUGGAUUCAGCGUUCGUUUUGGCCUGUUCCAUGUGGACUUCUCUGAUGCUGAACUGAGUCGAACCAUCUACCAGUCUGGGCAGGAGUACGCAAAGAUCAUCGCAAAAUCUAAAUCUGCUUCACCCAUAUGAGGAUGAGUUGGCAAAGUUAAUCUAAGUGAUUAUUUAAUGCUGACUAUUGAUGAAACAAUGAGAAACAUUUUACAGCCAUGUAGGCACACAUUUGUUAACCUCUCUUUAAAUGUUGGGCAUUAUAUUAUAAAUAUUUUUAAAUUUGUUUUCUUCAACAGCAAUCAA